GCGGCCAGCUCCGCUGCCGACCACUGUUCAUAAUUGUUGCCAACCACCGUUAAUAAUCGUUGAUGCCAAACGUAACCAUCGUUCCCGCCACUCGACCGAACCACAGUUCUUCUCACCCCUCUCUCUCCAGCCACCAGCCAUGGUUGCCCACGAGGAGCACACCGCCGACACACCGGCAUCUGCCAUUGUCAACGACUUUAUCUGGAGCUCCAAGGAUGAGCCGCAUGCGUCUCGGCGUCGUGCCAUUCUUGCCAAGUACCCGGAGAUCAAGCAACUGAUGGGAUAUGAUCCUCGGACCAAGUGGAUGGUGGCCUUCCUCUGGCUGACUCAGACGGCUCUCGCGGCUUGGCUCGCUGGCCAUUCGUACCUCCGCAUUGUGGUUGUGGCGUAUGCCUUUGGUGCCGUUGCCUCGCAGUCGAUGCUCCUUGCCAUCCACGAGCUCUCGCAUGCGCUGCUGUUCAAGAACAGGGCGAUCAACAACGCGUUUGGCAUCCUCGUCAACCUGCCCAUGCUCCUCCCGGCGUCGGCCACCUUUAAGCGCUACCACCUCAUCCACCACAAGCAGCAGGGCGUGGACAUGGUGGAUGUCGACAUCCCCACCGCACUGGAGGCACGGAUCUUCCGCGGCAAGCUCGGCAAGGCCAUCUGGGUCUCGCUCCAGGGCUUCUUCUACGCCUUCCGCCCGCUCGUGGUCAAGCCGCUCCCGCCCAUCUUCCUCGAGCUGUGCAACACUGUGGCGUGCGUGGCCUACGGCACGGCCAUGUGCUACUUCUUCGGUCCGGCAGCCCUCCUCUACCUUGCCCUUUCGGACGUCUUUGGCAUGGGCCUCCAUCCGGUCGCCGGCCACUUUCUGGCCGAGCACUUUGUCUUUGCCGACGACGGCGAGACCGAGACCUACUCGUACACCGGUCCCAUGCGCUGGGCCAUCCUUAACGUCGGUCUCCACAACGCUCACCACGACUUUCCCUCCAUCCCGGGCUCGCGCCUCGACCAGGUCCGCGCCAUCGCCCCGAGUUCUACGAGGACCUCCCAAGCCACAACUCGUACACCCACGUCAUCUGGCGCUUUAUCAUGGACGACUCGAUCACUCUCUUUGCCCGCGUCAAGCGCCAUGCUGACGCCAUCGGCUCUUCGCGCACCAAGCGCGAGUAAGUGCAAAUCUUUUUUGCGUAGAAAGAGGCCGAUGGACGCAGAUGCUGACGGAUCUGGCGGCAGAAGCCGUAAGUGAGUCUUGCCGUAACACCGUACCGUAGUUUGAGAA